UGAUGACGUCACAGUUCGGGCUGUCGCAAGAAAUUCCGAGUCUGCUGAUGUCUCUGACUCGCGGCAAUAUCCUCGUCCUCGCAAUCAAGAACGACGGGGCCCUCAACCUGACUCCGACGGCGCGCUCUCUCCUCAAGUCGUUUGGUGUUAAGGCCGCCCACACUCUCCGCUUCCGCAAUAACCUAGCGUGGGUAGGGACCGUGGGCGGGAAGGCCUGGGGGGAGGCCACGACACCCGACGUCGACGAAAGGGGGAACUACGGAGUCCUGUGGUCCUCUCCUGUGCUCCUCGACGUGCAGGUCCCUCGACGUCCUUCGGAGUCCUCUUGUUUCCCAACGGACGAGCCCCGAGAAAUCGCCAGGGCCUCCUUCUGCGAUCGCUACGACGGGUACGGGAACCUGUGCUCCUGCGAGAACCCAGCUCCUCUCACCUAUCACCCACCUGAGGUCAGGAGUAAUUAUUACAACAGUGCGAUAUGUCCGUAUCUUGAACUAUGUAUAUCUUUUAAACGAGUGUAAUAGAAGGAAGCCAUGGUAAC